AUGUCCGAGGCUGGCGUGGCCGGUAACGACGCCAAGGACGGCCAGGUCUUUUCGCAGAUCCGCCAGGCCCUCGAGCUGGUGCACAAUCCUCUGUCGAGCAACGACGGUCGCCGUCAGGCCCAGGACUUCCUCGAGCAGGUCAAGGUAUCGGCUGAGGCUCCCAUCCACGGCCACACUCUGGCCAGCGACCGGUCCCAGCCUCACAUUGUCCGCCACUACGGCCUCUUCCUCCUCGACCAUGCCGUCCGCUACCAGUGGUCCACGUACGGCGCUGGCCAGAUCGACGCUCUCGUCUCCUGGGUCAUUGGCCUCAGCCAGGCCAUUUCCCGCGACGACCCCCCUUUCAUUCGCAACAAGACUGCCCAGCUGUGGAUCGAGGUCGCCAAGCGCGCCUGGGGCGCCGAGUGGAUGGACAUGGACGCCCGCCUUGUCGAGCUCUGGAAUGUCGUCCCCGAAUCUCCCGUCCACAAGGAGUUUGUCCUUUCCGUCCUCGAGGCCCUUUCCGACGAGGUCUUCACCGGGGAGGACCCCGUCGUCGGCAUGCGCGAGGGCGUCCUCAGCAAGGCCUGCGUAGAGGUCUUCACCCCCUCCGCCGUCCUCCUAGAGGUCUUCCCCCGAAGGCAGGCUGGCCCAGAGGUCCGGUGCGGUCAUGAGGGCUGGCUCCCCCGCGUCACCCAGUUCCUCAGCCUGUGCCUCAACUCUCCCGCUAUCAAGGACAAUCAGGAGGUGAAAUCUUGUGCUGUAAAGGCCCUUGCUACAUUGCAAACCCAGCUCCCCUGGGCCAUUCCCAAGGCCGUCGUCGCUGCUGACUGCCAGCCUGUCCAGCUCUGCAAGGAGUUGUUUGAAUGGUGUGCCGUCGACCCAGAGGACAUUGACGACGACAAGUAUCUGGUGCUGAAGAAGCUGUCAGAGAUGCUCUCCUCCAUCGGAGACUACCUCUCCUUCAAGUUUAGGCAGGUCCCUGAAGAUGCGUCUGUCGACUCCUUCCUCCACUUGAUGGUCCAGGUCGUCCAGCACCAGAGCCUCAUGGUCUCCAUCCCCGCCGUCGUAACCUGGGCCAAGCUCCUCAACAACAAGGGUCUCCAGCCCGCCGAGCGAUUCUCCGCCAUGAUCGGCCCCCUGCUCGAGGUCUGCAUCUCCCGACUCGUCCGCUACGAACACCUCCCCGAGGACUCGGACGACCCUUCAGUCCUCUUCCUCAUGGAGGACACCGACACUACCCCCGAACGCCAUGCCUUUCUUGGAAACUAUCGUCGCUACACUGCCCAGGUAAUCGAGGCCAUUGUACAGCUAAGGCUGUUUGAUGCCGUCACCCACAUCCUUAGCAGUACCGAGUAUGCCCUUCAGCACUUGUAUGAUGGUGGACAGGGGCUCAGCAAGGAAAACUAUUCCAAGUAUUCGAUGCCUGCGCUACGUGUAGACUGCAGCUUCACCGUCAUAGAAGCCAUGCUCAGGGGCUACAUGAAGUGGCGAUCGGCCCAUCCUGACGACAAUGCUCCGGAAUCUCUCGAAUCAGAAUUGGAAGCCUGGUGCAAUAGGCUUCUCGAAAUGAAGUUUGAUGACCCCGUCAUCAGGAAACGGACCCUCCAGCUCCUCGUCUAUUUCUCCACCACGGCCCUCAACAACCGCUCCGGCUUCAUGCUCAAGGUACUCGAGCACAUCCUCAUUACCUGGCCCGCCCUGGAGCCCGAGUACAGGGCCUUCAACGACGCCAUUCGUGAUCUGCAGGGCGAGAGUAUGAUCGAGCUCCAGCGUCUUGCGUCUGAGAUGCCUGAUCAUCUUUUGGAUGUCUAUGAGCAGAUUGCCAACCGUGUCAAUGAGAUGCUUUCGUCUGGGUCGCUGGAUGAGAAGCGUAGUAUCUCUUAUAGGAGUUUCCUAUUCAUCAUCAUUCAUCGCGCCAGCAAGAUUGACUCAGAGACCAAAAUCUCCAAACUCCGCGAAUUCAUCGACCCCGUCAAGGCCCAGUGGCAGACAGACAACAUCGAGUCGUCGCUCAAGUCAUAUUCUGGAUUCUGCGAGCUGCUGGGGAUCGACAAGGCGCAGGCCUAUCUCGUCAAGCACCGGGCGCAUGAUAUCCAGGAUUGGGGAUCUUGCCCACUUGAUGAAGAGGGGUUGGCGCUGCAGGAGGAGCUCGACCAACGUCUCAAGGCACUUCCCCUUCGCUCGACAAAAUCAUUCCUUGCCUUCUCCGUGGAAAGACUGAGCCGGUCAUCGCCCGCUUUCCAGGUUUCCCAUGCCAUCUGGCAGGACGGGUUCAACAAUAUCCUGGCCGAGCUGCUCCAGUUCCUCAGCUACGCUCACGCCUCGCACAACCCCGACGCCUGGACUAGUGUGCCCCCUGAGAUGCGAUCGAUGGUGCACAGGGUCCUCAGUGACAGGUUCUGGCAGUCGGGUAUCUCGGAGGGUAGCAAGGACGAAUUCUACGCGCGCGUUGUAGACAAGAAAGGGACUAUAGAAGGGUUCGCAUCGUCGGUGCGCGGGUCGGUCCGGUUCGUCAGGGAGACGGCCUACUCCAUCAUCUACUGUAUGAGCAGGCUCGACUCUCAAUUCUACGGGAACGGCGAGCUGUCUGGCCCCCUGGCCAUGGCCCUCUUCACCGAUUCGACGUGGCUAUCCACCCACCAGCAGAGCAACCUGCUCAACCUGGUCCGGUACCUGGUCGAUGACUGCCCUGUAGAUUGUCGCGAGAACUUCCUCCCGCAGCUGCUGGCCGCGUGCUUCCGCCAGAUGGACAGCAAGAUCAGUGGCGAGUGGAGUCGCAUGGAGCAGCAGCAGGCCGUGUCGGUCGAGGGCGACGCUGCCCUCAAGGAGGAGAUGAAGGCGGAGAGUAUCCUCCGUCAGGUGACGUAUACUGCUGUGUUGAUGGUUGCCGACUUCCUCGAUCCCGGGAAGCAGAACUCGAGAAAUCUGAGACCAGCCUCGGAAGACAACGGCGAGGUCCAAGUAUUCCCGUCCCUACGGAAAUUCUGCCUGAUGAAGCAGGAGAUUGUAGAACCCCUCCUGAUCUUCUGCUGCCACGGGAUUCGGGUACGAGACACGCGGAGUUGUAGCAUGGUUCUCAGAAUGUUCAUCUCGCUCGUUCCCGAGUUCGGUCUCGACCAAUCCGGGUCUAAGAAGCCGCCGCAGCCACAGCUGCAGCCGGCAACACAAGGCGGCGUGCAGGGCAGUAACAGCAGCGGCAGCAGCGGCGGAGGAGGAUCGCUGAUGGACACGUCGCCGGUCUCGCCGGAGACGGCGUCGGUGAUACGCGAGUAUAUCUCCACCGAAGUGCUGCAGGCGUGUAUCACGUCCUUCCACGAACCGUACUUUGUCGACCUGCAAAAGGAGUUGGCGUCGCUCAUCGCUUCGAUCCUAGUCUACUACAUGCCCGUGACUGCCACGCCGCGCAACGUGCUGCUCUCCCUGCCUAAUGUCAACCCGUCGGACCUGGAGCGCCUGGGAGCCUACGCGGCCAAACCCGGCUCGCACACGCGUCAGCAGAGGGCCAUUGUGCUCGACAUGCUCAAGGAUCUCAAGGGCGUGAGCGUCUCGGAGAUGGGCAAGAUGCCAAAGAGUGUCGGGGCAGCUCUCGGCUUGGGCGACUCGUCCGGUUCCGCCAAAAAGUCAACUCGGUCCAAGAUGGCUCAGGGUUUCAUGGCGACGCCAGAGGGUCAACAGGCCGGUAGUCAGGCCGGUGUCGAUGGUGGCAGGGGGGGUACACCGGAUGCCCUGGACGGUGUGUCGAACCUUUUUGAAAGUUGA